GGCUGGGGGAAGCACAUUUCGUACAUCUGAACGGGAAAGCAAGGACCCGUCCGCACAAGUUCCGGGCAGCGGUGAAAAUCCCUGCAGGCUCGCGCUGGAGGGGGGAGAAGAGCGCGCUGAAUUUAAAACUUUCGCAGACUUCAGGGAGUGAAGGUAGGCAGUGAUGAAUUGUCGUUUGUCAUAUGCAUAUUACGUGAAAGAAAGUUUCUCCAUGGACAAAGCGGUUCUCUUUUGGCUUCUGUCGGAUUAUUUGUUCCAGAUGGUCAGAUUGGCUUGUGUUGAAGCACCAAGUUUUGUGGAUGUUUAUUUGGAAUUUAGUCCUUUCCCACUCCGGGAGGAACCACGGCACUAUACCGUGACCUAUUCCUCUGGCACUAAAAAAGGGCACUGGUGGAAUGCCAGCGACGUCAGUGAGUGCGCUUCACGCUGUCACGUAGCCAUCAGUGACCUGCUGGACAUGGACACAUAUGACAUUGUUCUGAAAUCGGUCAAAAACAAUGCUGUUCUGGAGACAAAGCCUGUUCAUGUGGACCUCACAGCGAACUUGUCCCUUAGGACAGAAGCUACCUCCACAAGUGCUGUGUUUACAUGGAGUCCUCAGGUUGCUAUACAUGCCACCAUUAUAAGUCUUGAUGGACAUUCCUGGGUUGUACCAGGGGGUCAAUCCUCAUACCGUGUGGACAGUCUCCAGCCGGCCACACUACACAGGUUCUCGGUGGAAUUCCAGUCUCUGAUUGAACACCUUAAUGUGACAGUGAUGCUGAGGCGAAAGGUGCUGCUUCACACAGCGCAGUGCCCAGAUGGUUGGGUUCACUAUGGCAGGAACUGCUAUCUGAUCUCGAGGAAGAUCAAACAGUGGCAGGAAGCGGCUCGGGCCUGUGAUGUGGCUGCCCCUGGAGCUCACCUGGUAGACACUGACACAGAGGAGGAGCUGGCGUUCGUCUCCUCCUUCCUCCAGGGCCUCAACCUAGUGCUGCUAUGGACCAGCCUCAAUGAUAUUCAGCAGGAAGGAGAUCUCCGCUGGGCUGACGGGUCUGCAUAUAGCUUGAAGAGUGCUGUGACAUCAGCGUUGCCCCCCAAUCAGACGGAUUGCUUUGCCUUACACUUGAAUGCCACGGGCCCCAACUACUACUUCACUGGAUUCUUCUGCUAUAUGCCCCUGCCCUACAUGUGUCACUACAGAAUCCCAGCCGGACCGACGGACUUUGACUUCCUGUUGGAGGAGGUUGGCGAGACAGAGGCCGUUGUUAAAUGGAGUGACCUGCAGGCCUGGGUAAGCAAGACAGACGUGGACGAGCUCGCCAUUCAGUACCAAAAUGAGAGUCCUGGCCUCCAGGCCCACCAGAAAGCCUUGUCAUUCAGCAUGACCAGAGUGACCGUGCAGGGAUUGUCCCCGGGUCACGAGUACCUGUUCACCCUCAGGGUGACUCACCUCAGCGGAGUCACAAGAGUCUUGGGCUCCACCCUCACAGUUGUGACAAGGCCCAGACCACCUCAGAACAUCAGAGUAACGAAGGUAACUUCCAGGCAAGCUCAUGUGUGCUGGAGCAGUCCCAUGGACUCCCACCAUGCCCAGUUCCACCACUACCUGAUCCGCUAUGUGGAUGUUGACGCGGAUACAGAGAGGUUUCUCUUGGUGGCCAAUCAGACAACGUCAGCAGUGAUCGAAGGUCUGGAGCCUUACCGCCUGUACAGGGUCAGCAUUCAGACCGUGACUGGACGUGGCGUUGAGAGCUGUGACCACACAGUCUGCUCAGUCAUCACUGCGGUCAGUCCACCGGAUGGAGUGAUUAUCUGGCCGGAUGACGUGGGGGAGGAGAAUGUGACGGUGCGGUGGGACCCACCAGUUGGGGUGAAACCUGAUGGGUACUUCGUUCUUGUCCAACCACUGACCACCGGAGUUUGGCCCAGGGAACUCUGGGUAAACAGAUCACUGAGCUUCGAAUUGAGCGCGCUCACUCCCGGAGAGACGUACGAGAUCAGCGUGGUGGCAGUGAAGAGUGGGAACAGGAGCGAGGGGGAGACCAUCCUUCAGACAUUAAAGCCCAAGCAGGUCCAGAUUGCUGUCCCUUACGAAUCCAGCGCCUAUUCCACUGUGCUUUACAUCCAAAAGCCAGCGGCUGGCAUUUUUGAUGGCAUCCAAGUUACCUACAGAGGGGGCAGCAAGUGGACAGCACUGUCUGGGGGGGAUGAUAAGGUCUCCAUAGAGGGCCUGACGCCUGGCACGGCGUAUGAAUUUGCUGUGCAAGUCACCAGUGGAAAUAUGACCAGCGAGCCAUACCUAGUAAAAGGAGUCAAAACAUGCCUGGCUCCGCCCACAAACCUCCGAGCUGGGAAGGUGUCUGACACAACUAUAGAAAUCCUGUGGAGCGAAGCGGAGGGGAGCUGGCAGACGUACGAAGUGAUGUGCAUUAACUGUGCCGACACCGUCUGGGCUCAGAAGGUCAGAGAUGCAAGAGCAGUGUUCACUGCCAUUACUCCUGGGAAAGAGUAUAACUUCUCUGUUCGGACUGAGAAGGAGUCCUUCAAAGACAGCCGGCAGGUGUUCCUCCAAAUAAGGGCAGCACCAAGUACAGUUGAGAUGUUGGUCUCGAAUAAGAAUGAGACGUUUGUAACGGUCAGCUGGACCAAACCUCCAGGUGUCAUUGAUGGCUUCAUAGUGUCCGUCACGAACGGAACCUUUCACCGACAGAAAAGUCUUGCAGACUUGGGCCAAAGAAUGCAUAUGUUUGAUGGCCUUUUACCUGGGGCUACCUACAGAAUUUCUAUCAUCGGCACAAGUGGAAUGAGAAGGAGCCUCCCAACCAUCGUCAAUGUGACAACAAACCCCGCUGUCCCUGUGUCUGUGGAUUUCGUGGACCAGGAUGGCGGUUCCAUGUAUGUCACCUGGAGUCCACCUUGGGGGUUUGUUGAUGGUUACAAGGUACAGUACAGCUCAUUGGCAGCUAAGAAGCCUAUUCAUGAAUUCAUCCUUCAGGAGACCAAUAUGAGAAUAAAAGACUUAAUCCCUGGGACAGAAUAUCAAUUCACACUGCAGUCCUUUAAAGGGUCUGACAGCAGUAAAACACUGUCAAAGCGAGUUGUCAAACGUCCGGCUCCGGUCUGCUCCCUGUCACUGACCCGCGUCGACACCUCCUCCGCCAGUAUCGCGUGGGAGUCUGCUGCUGGCCAGUUUGACCAUUACGAGCUCAGUGUCUCCAAUGCCUCCAUGUCCCGCACGGUCCACAUCUCCAAGGAGCUCCUGGCAUUCACUGUCUCUGGCCUGCUGGACGGGUGUAGCUACAACAUGACUGUGGACAGGGUCGGAAAUGGGGUCCAUGGGACCCCUGCCUCUCUAAAAGUCCUCACAGAGCCAGGGCGCCCACAGGGAGUGCGUGUGAUUGGCGUCUCCCCCCAAAGCUUCUCUCUGCGCUGGGCUGUGCCGACUGGGUGUGCAGACAGACACCGGGUGGAUGUGCUCCCCAGACGAGGUGUUGUGGUACUCAGCAGCCUGCCGGACGGGGAGAUGCAGGCGGAUGUGUCGACCCUCGCUCCGGGAACAUCAUACACGGCUGCGGUCACCGCGGUGGCCUCGUCGUCCUCCUUCAGUUCCCCCGUGGUUGUAUCCAUCACCACCAAUGAGACGUUUCCAGGUGCGCCCACUGGCCUUUGGGUGGAUGAGAUAGGUUCCACGUUCCUCCACCUGUCCUGGACCACGCCCAACGAGACCAAUGGUAGGAUCCAGUCCUACAUCAUUGAGUACAGGGAGGUCUGUCCCUGGCCCACGUUCAGCGCUACUCCGAUUCAGACCGGGUCAGAUUUCCCAGAAUUCCUCCUUGGCGGCCUAAACCCUGGAUCCACUUACACCAUCCAGGUGGCAGCAGAGAACAGUGCUGGCUCUGGAGUUUUCAGUGAGCCGCUGAUUAUUACAACAGAAGAAGCCGCCCCCCACGCUGUGACCAACCUCACAGCCUUCGCCUCGAGUCAGUCAUCCAUCAUGGUGACGUGGUUCCUGCCCAGGGGCACCAACGGGCUGAUUACCAAGUUCACCAUCGACGCCAUUCAUGGAGAAUCUAACACAACUGUUUGGAGUCAGGAGAUAAAUGCAGAAGAUGUCUUGGCUAAUACUCUUCCUAACUGCAAUGACACAGUGGGCAUGUCGUCCAACAGCACUGCCAGGUCCUUGGAGACUCACCUGGCAUACAUCGCCGAUCCGGCCCCCUGGAGUGUGCCCAUCAGUGUGGAGGUACACGAUCUUCAGCCCUAUAACAGCUACACCAUCCAGGUGUCGGCAGCCACCAGCAGUGGGCGGGGUCCACCUGCCGGCCAAGCGGUCUUGACACCUGAGUCAGGUAGGCCUCCUAAGCUUACACAGGCCUGCCUUCAUUUCACUGAAAGCUACACAGAACGACGGUAUCAAGAGGUCAGCACAGGGGACAAGGCUUGGUCUGGUUUUGGUUGUGAGAAGAGUCAGUGGGUCAGGUCCAAGUACUACAGGUCCAAGGUGUCAUCUGGUGAAGUGUGGGUCAGUGCCGGAGAUCCCAACCCAGCAGCUCAGCGUGGCAGUGAUGCAUGUUUAAGGAGGCGCGGUUUAAAUGCAGCCCAUCGCGCCAUGCUGCCGCUCAGCCUUCUCCUUACUGCUGCUGCUGUGGCCGGCCUCCUGUGGCCAGGUCCCGUGGACCCUCCCCAGAACCUGUCUGUGUGGGACAUCACUGCUAGCUCUUUGUCCAUGUCUUGGUCCCCUCCUAGCUUUGCAACGGGACGGUUCAGCUAUGUCCUCGAGCUCCACAAGUCCUCAGGACUUGUCUCUAGUGACAGCACGCUUGAUGUGAAUUUCACGUACUCGGGUUUGACACCGUACACGAACUACAGUGUGACAGUGAGGGCCCAGUCUGCGGGAACUUUGGGACCGGUAGCAGAAGUGACUGUUUUAACUCUCGCAGACACUCCGGGUGUCGUUGGCAAUCUGUCGGCCACCGAAGUGGACUCUUCAUCGCUGCAGCUGUCUUGGACGAGUCCCAGCCAACCCAACGGACUCAUAACCAAGUACCACGUUUUGGUUUUAGACCAUAGUACAGUGGUGCAGAACAUCACCCUGAUUGGACAGGAGCAGGGCCCGAAAGAUGCAGAUUUUCACGAUGUAACAUGGUCAACAGUGGAGAUGGUGGAUGUAUCGGCCAAUCAGACCUUCUACGUUGUGCGGAACCUCAGUGCCUUCACAGAGUACACCAUCCGAGUGUCUGCCUUCACUGCCGUCGGCGAGGGACCUUUCACUGAAAUCACAGCGAUAACUAGAGAGCAGGUGCCUGGCUCUGUCAUGAGUGUCUCGUACCAGAACAUAGGUUCAACCUCUAUCCUGGUCACAUGGGCACCUCCUCUGAGCCCAAAUGGCAGAAUCACUUAUUAUGCCCUCUACUGGCUAGACGUGGGUACUAAUGAGGCCUUCCGGAGUGUCACCAACGAGACCAGCAUUGUCCUUACAGGACUGAAGAAGUAUAACUUGUACAAGCUCCGAGUGGCUGCCUCCACCGCAGUAGGGGAGAGCCCUCUUUCUGAGGUGGAUGAUGUUUUCGCUGUCACCCUUGAAGAUGAACCUGAUUCUCCCCCGAUUCACUUGGCUGUCUACAACCUCACUUUCUCUUCUGCCACUGUCACCUGGUCCCCCCCGGAGAAACCUAAUGGGAUCAUCCAGUUCUACCAAAUACUGUAUGGGAACACAACGAUGAGCAUGUCAGUGAACACGUCAAAGCCGAGUGUGACGCUAGAGAAUUUAAGGCCGUACUCAUUCUACAAUGUGUCUGCGAGAGCCUACACUAAGUACGGACAUGGAAACCAAGUGUCUGCAGUCUUGGAGGUACUGAGUGGUGAAGAUGUUCCUGGGAGCCCUCCGAUUAACCUGAGUUGCGACAGCUUAGGCUCCUCAGAGGUGUCCAUCUCGUGGCACCCCCCUCUGCGUCCCAAUGGCAUAAUCCGCUUCUACACAGUGCGGUUCUGGAACGCCACCCACUGGAUGAAUCUCAGCACGCCCAGCACCUCAGUCACCCUGCAGCACUUGCGCAAGUACGCUAACUACAGCGUGGUCGCCUACGCCAGCACGAGUCUGGGCGACGGGAACCAGAGCAGCGAGGUGCUCCGUUUCACCACUGCGGAGGAUGUCCCAGACGGGCCCGUGCUGAACCUGACGGUCCUCUCUGUCACCCCCACCUCUGCCGUCGUGGAGUGGGACCCCCCGCUCGAACCCAAUGGCAUGGUGUUCUACAUCCUGAGCCUGCAGCUAGUGCAAGGAAAUGGCAGCGCGAUCAACAGGACAACCAGUGACACGGUCGUGCUCUUCACUGCGCUGCGCAAGUACACAGACUACCUGCUGAGGGUGACCGCCGCCACAUUCGCGGGCCAGUCGGAACGCAGCACCGCGGCCUUGCACCUGACUACGGGCGAUGACUUACCCGGAUCACCCCCGGUAAUUAACCCUGACUGGAGGAUCACCUCCUGCUCUAUUCACUUGUCCUGGCUCCCCCCUGUGGAGCCCAACGGCCUGAUCACAGAGUACAUCGUGGAGCUGCAGGGCCCAGACGGCAUCAACCGGACCACCAGCCACAACAGGAGUAUCACCUUCGGCAGCCUGCGGCCAUUUACCUCCUACAACGUGUUGGUCGGGGCGGUGAACCGAAGAGGCGUGGGGCCGUACCUCGAGCUCCUGCUCCACACAGACGAAGCAGCCCCAGCCUCCCCACCCUGGGACCUGCGCGUGCUGAACCACACGGCUGACUCCGUGUGGCUGUCCUGGAGGCCCAGCCCGGAGCCCAAUGGGGUGGUGCUGUUCUACAGCUUCCGGGUCCUGGAGCUCCCCAGCCAAACCCUGAUGUACCAGAAUUCCUCUGAGCCCAUCACUGAAGCCCAGCUCACAGGGCUGAGGCCACACCGCUCAUACCGAGUCAGUGUCAGCGCCUUCACCCGGGCUGGGAAUGGAGACCAGUACAGCAAUCCAGUCACAUUUACAACAGAUCAAACAGCUUCAGACGUGGUUGGGAAUCUCUCCUGUAUCGGGGUUACUUGGGACUCUGUAUACUUGGAGUGGGAGCCCCCAGACCAGCCCAAUGGCAAAAUCUCACACUACUUGGUCCAGUUCAGUGGCCAGGAGCUGGAGCUGAAUCUGCCCGGGCACCAACGCACCAUUAGUGGUCUACAGCCUGACACAAACUACACCUUUCAUGUGAGGGCGGUGAAUUCAGCUGGACCAGGGGUAGACGUGUCCUGCAAUGUCAGCACACAGCCUGAGUCAGUCCCGGGGCCUCCUAGCGAUGUGAAAGUGAUUGAGAUCCAGUCCACCAGCGCCACCCUGAGCUGGGCCCCCCCCCGCCAGCUCCCGGGACGCCUGCAGGGGUACCGGCUGCUGCUGGAGCUGCUGGCCCUCUCCUGCCCCCCCGGGGGCUCCGCCGGCUGCCUGGAAGCCGAGAAGGUGCUGCACGUGAACGCCACGGGGGGCAUCCAAGAGACCAUCCUGUACCCGCUGGCCAAGUACCGGCUCUACCGCUUCAGCGUGUCGGCCUGUACCGCAGCGGGGUGCGGGAAUGCGUCUGAGUGGAGCUACGUGCACACGACCCCCGGCGAUCCUGAUGCCCCUCCCAGUGCAGUGUCAGCUCUCGCUUCCCCCAGCAGCGUGAGAGUCCAAUGGAAAGCCCCUUUGGUGCAGACGGGACCGACCUCCUACCUUGUCGACAUCGUCACGGUGAGCGAGCCACAUUUCACGCAAACCCUUGUGAGAAGGUACGGAGAACCAAAUGAGGUGGAGGUGACGGACCUCACACCCUUUACCUGGUACUGCGUGACUGUGACGGCAUUCACAGGAGACUUAACUGAGGCCAGGUUGACUGGGAAAACCAGCGAUCCGGUUUACGUCCGGACGCUGGAAAUUGAGCCCAAAGACCCCCCGAAGAACCUAACCCUGCACAUAAUCCCAGAUGAUGUGACAAGGGUGCUUGUGACGUUCUUCCCACCUGAGGAACCCAACGGUGAAAUCUCUGCCUACAGAGCAUUAGUCUACAAGGAGGACCAGCUAGUCUUUGAGAUCCCCAGCCUGCGGGUCAUCGAGAGAAAAAACCAAACUAUCACCGCCAUCGUCGAGGGCCUUAAGGGUGGACACCGAUACAACAUGAGGAUAGCAGCUGUCAAUGGAGCAGGAGCAGGACCCAGUUCAGAGGUUGCAUUCUCAACGAGUAUUAUUGCUCCGCCAAAACCCAGCAAAAGACCGGAGCCCGUUUUUGAUACACCUGGAGUCGUAAGAUUGAGUUCAAAGACCAUCACUGUCCUGAUGCCUGCAUGCUUUUUCACUGAUGAUCAUGGGCCCGUAGUCAAAGUGCAGAUCAUUGUUGCAGAAGCAGGAGUUAUGGAUAGCCCCAACGUGACGAACUGGAAGAGUGCCUACAGCUCAAAGCCAGCGCCAUACGCCACCGAUGAUGGUUUCCCGAACCCAGAAUGUUCAGAGAGCAUGAGGGCGAUCAACGUUGCCGAAAACACGUACAGCAUUGGGAGCGACACCGGUUGCCUAUUGCCGGAAAAUGAAAAUGCAUUCUGUAAUGGACCUCUGAAGCCAAAAACUCGUUACGUGUUUAAAUUUCGAGCAACAAAUAUUAGGGGGCAGCAUACAGAUACUGAGUAUUCUGACAUCAUCAAAACUGCAGAUGUCCCCAUGGUGAAUCGGGACAAGCAGAUUAUAAUGGGGGUUCUCCUUUCCUUCCUCCUCCUGGCCAUUCUCAUCAUAGUGAUCUGCAUGUCUGUACGGAUCUGCCACAAGCAGAGGGAGGGAGGUACAUACUCCCCACGGCAAGCAGAGAUCACCGACACAAAGUUCAAGCUGGACCAUGUGAUAUCGGCCGCAGACCUAGAGCAGAAGGAAGACAAGCUGAGCCAGCUGCUCAGUUAUAGAAGAUCUGUGAAGCCCAUUAAUAAGAAGGUCUUCCUGCACCAUGUGGAGGACCUCUGCUCCGACAACAAUGCUAAGUUCCAAGAAGAGUUCUUGGAGCUUCCCAAACUGCUGCCGGACCUCGCCACCACGGACGCGGACCUGCCCUGGAACAGGUCCAAGAACCGCUUCACCAAUAUCAAACCAUACAACAGCAACAGGGUGAAGCUGCUGUCUGAGCCUGGUUCACCCGGAUCGGACUACAUCAAUGCCAGCUUCGUUUCGGGCUACCUCUGCCCCAAUGAGUUCAUCGCCACUCAGGGGCCGCUGCCGGGCACAGUGGGUGACUUCUGGAGGAUGAUCUGGGAGACUCGGGCCUGCACCAUCGUCAUGAUGACCCAGUGCUUCGAGAAGGGCAGGGUCCGCUGCCACCAAUACUGGCCCGAGGGGGACAAACCCAUCUCUGUGUUCGGAGACAUCGUCAUCACCAAGCUGACGGAGGAUGCCCUCCCGGACUGGACCGUGCGGGUGCUUAGAAUCGAGCGGUAUAAUGACUAUAUGCUGGUAAACCACUUCAACUUCACAUCUUGGCCCGAGCAUGGCGUGCCGGCAACCAGCACUGCUCUGAUCAAGUUUGUGAGAUCCAUCCGGACCAUCCGAGGCCGUGACAGGGGCACUGUUGUGGUACACUGCAGUGCCGGUGUGGGUCGGACCGGAGUAUUCAUCUCCCUGGACCACCUGAUCCAGCACAUGAGAGACCAUGACUUCAUUGACCUGUUCAGCUUGGUAGCAGAACUCCGGGGUGAAAGGAUGUGCAUGGUGCAGAACCUGGUGCAGUACAUGUUCCUGCAUCAGUGCGCUCUGGAGCUCCUCUCCAGGAAAGGGAUCAGCCAUCCAGUCUGGCUCUCCAGUAGUUCCGGCUUGCAGAGGAAGGACUCUCUAGAUGGCAUGGAGGGUGACGUCGAACUCGAAUGGGAGGAAACAACCAUGUGACUGGCGUCAGUUGUAAUCAUCUUUCAUCAAUGCGCUUCAGUGUUACCUUCAGUAGUUAAACUGAAGCUACUCGACCUAAACGUACCUCGAAACAGGGGCCAAAUCUCUGCAAAUAGGACCCAGCUGCGUCUGUCCUCUUAUGUUCGUGCUGAAAGAAAGACAUACUUUUUGCUUUCAACAUAAAAUGUAAUUGUGCAAAGGUAACUCUCCCACGCAGACAACGCUGCCUGUAUUCCGUAGUUUGGGUUAUUUUCUGAAUUUAUGUAUUAUGUUUUUGUAAUGUAAAUUACGCCAAAUGGAGUAUUGCUGUGUGUGUAUAUAACUGUUUUUUUCACCCAUGUGUUUAUUUGAAUAAAUCUGUAUUAUUUCUGCUUUUA